UAUCUUCCCAGCUGUGUGCGUACCUCAACCCAGGGGGGAAGGGUUCAACCUAAAGCCAAAAUUUUCCCUUUAUACGGAUUCCCAACCCUUCGUGUUCUUCUUCAGUAGCUUAGCCAUGGCUAUUGUAAGCAAGACAAGGACUAUGCUGGAGGAUCUGGUCAAAGAGAGUUCAUUUAAAUGGUUGAAUAGAACCAGGAGUUCAUUUGAUAAAGAUCUUGAGGAGAUGGAGAAGUCUCAAUCAUCGGGUGGAAUGAAUUGGUUGCCUGAGCUCUCUCGUUAUGCAAAUGUUGUCACCUGGAAAUGCUCAAAAAUCCUUGAUAUUUCCAUGAGUCAACUUCGGGAAAAUUUUGAACAAGUGGCUUCUGAUUCUUUAAGGCAUCCACCUCAUUACGCUAGGAACUUUCUGGAAUACUGUUGCUUCAAGGCCCUUGCAUUGUCUGUAAAUGUAAAUGGGUAUCUAGGUGACCGAAGUUUCCGGUGUCUUACAUUUGAUAUGAUGGUUGCUUGGGAGUUUCCAGCCGCUUCAAGUCAAGCAUCUGCCAGUAUGGAGGAAGCCACUGUUGGUGUUGAAGCCUUUUCAAGAAUUUCUUCUGCAGUUCCCAUAAUUGCCAAUGUGAUUGUCAGUGAUAGCAUUUUCUCUGUCCUUACUUCAUCAACAGAUUAUAGACUUCAUUUCUCUGUCUAUGAUAAGUACCUCAUUGGCAUGGAAAGGGUAAUUAAAAAGUUGAAGAGCCAGUCAGAGUCAUCUCACCUUUCCUCCCAACGCUCUGAUAGAGGGGAGAAGAUCCUGGAACUGGAUGGGACCGUCACAACCCAACCUGUUCUUGAACAUGUGGGAAUCUCCACGUGGCCUGGUAGGCUAACUCUGACAGAUCAUGCUCUCUAUUUUGAAGCACUGCGUGUUGUGUCUUAUGACAAGGCGAAAGUGUAUGACCUCUCGCAAGAUCUAAAUCAGGUCGUUAAACCUGAAUUAACAGGACCAUGGGGCACAAGGCUUUUCGACAAAGCUGUGUUCUAUAAAUCAACUUCCUUGCAAGACCCUGUGGUUAUGGAGUUCCCAGAACUUAAAGGACACACGCGACGAGACUAUUGGUUGGCCAUUAUACGUGAAAUCCUAUACGUCCAUCGAUUUAUAAAAAAAUUCCAGAUCACUGGAAUAGAGCGAGAAGAAGCACUUUUGAAAGCCAUUUUUGGAAUCCUUCGUGUUCAAGCACUAAAAGAAACAAGUUCCACAUCCAUAGAUGCUCUUUCUUAUGAAGAUCUUUUGAUGUUCAAUGUGUGUGAUCAGCUUCCUGGUGGAGAUGUUAUACUGGAAACACUUGCUAAUAGAUCGAUCGCCAGGGAAUUGGAGAGAACUAGCUCUCCUAAAUGCAGAAGAGUGGUGCACUAUAUUUCGCCUUUGACAAUGGCAUCCAACUUGGGGUUUGCGUUUGGAGCAGUUUCUUCUAAUGAGACGGGAAUCAGUGUGGGUGAGAUUGUUGUGGGUGAGAUUACUCCUUUGGAAAGAGCGGUUAAGGAAUCUAGAACCAACCACAAGAAGCUAGUAUCUGCUCAAGCUAGUGUUGAUGGGGUUAAGGUCGAUGGUAUCGACACCAACUUAGCUGUUAUGAAGGAGUUGCUGUUACCCAUUACUCAAUUGGGGAAUUGGCUUCUUUCUCUAGCACACUGGGAAGACCCUUUAAGGUCCAUGAUUUUCUGCUUAGCUACCUCCUACGCUAUUAACAGGGGAUGGCUGGGAUAUGCUUCUGCUGCCUUGCUAGCUUUUUUUGCGGUUUUUAUGUUACUUACUCGCUAUACUAGCCGAGGUAGGCCAGCUGAUGAACUCAAAGUAUUAGCUCCUCCCGAAAUGAACACUGUGGAGCAGCUUUUGGCCGUUCAAAAUGCCAUUUCCCAAGCUGAAGAACUGAUCCAAGAUGGAAACAUUGUUCUUCUCAAGUUCCGUGCAUUAUUGUUGUCCAUAUUCCCACAGGCAACAGAGAAGUUUGCAGGUGGCCUGUUGGUCACGGCACUGGUUUUGGCAAUCUUGCCAUACAGGUAUAUAACACUUGUGCUUUUCCUGGAGUACUUCACUAGAUACUCCCCCCUUCGGAAAUCAAGCACUGAAAGAUGGAAUAGGAGACUGCGGGAAUGGUGGUUUAGCAUCCCGGCUGCCCCUGUCACACUCGAAAGAUCUAAAGAGGACAAAAAGAGAAGAUGAUAUGAUGUACCACUGGCUCUUUGCAAGAGGAGAGGCCCUGAAGCUGAUGGGAGGUUUAAGGAAAUGGAGUCUGAUUUAGAUUUAAGGAGUCUACUGUUCUAUGCAUACUUUCACACUCUAUAAACGUACAACAAAGGGCCCUUGUAACUAUGAGUUUUUAAUACAUAAUGUAAAUUUGAAGUUUCUUCAUUCAGUGGUAGCCAAAACCAAAUUAUUGUUUUUGAAGGUCAAGUAAUAUCUAUAGCUUCUUAACCAAA